AUCUGGGGAACAGGAGACUGCAGAGCCCCUCCUGAAAGCCCUUCCACCUUUCCAGCAGUGUUUUCAAGCCUCCUGGAUCAGCCUGGUGAGAGCAGACACAGCAUGGAUGCCCCAUGAGGAAGGAAGGCUGUCUCCACUGUUUUGUUUGACCCCCCAGAGCUCUUCCACUCUCCUGUGAGAAGCAAGGGAUUGCUUCACUUUUUCUUACAGGCAGAUGAAGGAAGUUAGGCCCAGAGAGACCGGGGGAUAUGCUCUGGACCCCAUAGCCAGAGGACUGCAGACCUGGAGUCUGGUCCCAGGCCCAUCCCACGGUGCUGUCCUGGCUCAGGCUUCCCCCAGGAUGCCAGCCUUUCUUGCCAGGAGGUCUCUAGACCCAAGGGUCUCUAGAUGCUCUGGGGCCUCCUCGGUACACUUUGGCAGAAGCUGUGUGGCUUCUAUAAGAGUUUUCCAGAGCCAGGAAUCAGUUCAGCAUCCCGGAAGAGGGGUGUCCAGAUCUUAAGGUAACCUGCCUGUGCAGAGGCCAGCCUGGGCACAGGCAGCAGGGAGGGGGACUUGUGGCAGCUGGUAGCUGCACCCCUCAUGGCUUCCACAGGGCCCUGUAGGUGCCAGAUCCCUCCAGUGGAGAGACUGUCGACUAGUGCUGGAGUUCUCAGCCCUGCAGGAGCCAGGACAAACAUGCUAGGGUCCGAGCUUGGAAGACCAGCCUGUCCAAGAGCCAGGGUAGAUGGAAGAGAGAGUGGGACAGCUGCUUCAAGUGCUGGGCUCUCUCACUGUCUCCCUUCAUGCUAGGCUAUAAUUUAGUGGGCUAGGGUCUCCCCUGAGUACAGAGGUUCCAGCCAUUCACCCAUGUUCUGGUAAUAACCCAAAUAUAGAGUCCUGGGAGGGGCUCAGGACCGCUGGGAAGGGAGCCAGGCCUGCCAUGAGCCUGGCUGAGCAAAAGGAAUGUGAGCCUUGUAGGGGCUGUAGUGGGGGCCUGGCCCAAGAUCUUCCCAGUCGGUUUUUGAAUGCAUAGCUCUGUUGGCUGCACGCUCCCUGCACAGGGCCUAGGGACAAAGGUCCUGCCCAUGGAGCCCUACCCUGGUCCAGGUCCUACCCUGGGAGGCCCUCAUUUCCCCAUCCAGCUAUUUUAACUCCUCCCCCAUGUCCCCACACCUCCCUGUAGGCCAGGACUUGGAAGGAGCCUUGUAGACCCCUUCAGUUCUCAGGGGUACCUGCUCCCCAGCUGCCCUCCUUCGGCUCUUUCAGAGCUCUGUGCCAGCUGGGCCCUGCUGGAAGAGACACAAGCAGGCCCGAGGACAGAGUCAUCCUGUGCCCCAUCCCUCUCUCAGACCAAUUAACCUUUAGAACUGCAUUAAGGAAAUUAGGCAGCAAACUCCCCAGCUAACAGACAGGCCCUGCGGGGACUGGACGGAGGAGGAGGAGGGAGCCCACUGGCCCUGCGCACUGCAGCCUGUGGGUGAGUGCCUGCUCCCCAGCCUCACCUAUCCAGGAGAAGUCUGAGGAGCCAGCUGGGCUGACAGUGAGCACAGGAGAGGGGAAGGAGCCCUGGGGCCAGCUUGACGGUGGCUGACUCAAUGCCCUGUAACUGUCUGAGCCUUAGGUUCCCCAUCUGUAGAAUGAGAACAUUUAACUGGAAGAACUCUGAGGGCUCUUCUGACCUUACAUCUGUGGAUUCUGAGACCAAGGCCUCUUGUGGCUGGUCCUCCCCUGAUGCCCAAGGAGGGGGGAAGCAAAAGGAAGGGAAGCAGCCUAACCAUUCAGACUCUGGGUUGGGGGCAGUGAGGAGGGCUGGGAAUGGGAGGGACACCAGGGGAUGGGAGGAAGGCCAGAGCCCUGCAGAGAGCAGGAACCCUUUGGAGAGGACAGGGCCAGUAGGAGGACUGACUCCAGGGGAGUGUUGGAAAGCCGGGGAGGUGAGGAGGGCUGGGCCCUUAUCCAGCCUGCACCUUGGUCAGGAACAGAGCAUGCACACCCUCCCUGUCUUCACAAGGAUUCUCAGGCAACUCCCACAGGCCUGUAAAGUCACAGAGCAGGGCUUCUGAGGUCCUCUCCACUUCCCUCCCAGCCUCACAGGUCCACAUGGAUGUCCAGGCUACUGGAUGACAUCUGUCCCCAUCUCCUCCUCAACUGUCCCUGUGGUCCCAGGAGAAGGGAAUAGGAAUCCAUGCCUCUGUCACUUCAUGCCCACACCUGCACAUCGUGCCUGUGUGUGAGGGGUGUGCGUGAGCACACAUGCUCACCUGCUGCGAUGGGAGGCUCUGCUCUGUGGUGAACAUCAUGUUGGGCCCUUUGUACUUGGUGCCUGUGUGUAUGUUGGGAAGCCAGUAUGGGUGCUGGGAGGUGCGGAUGGCUGAGAGAUCCUAAUCCUGGCAGAAUGACGAAGGAUCCAGAGGCUCAGAGCCUGCCCUCCCCCAGGCCAGGGCAGGUGAGGUAUGAAGCAUUCCCAAGGAGAGCCCCAGCCAGGCCCUGCCAGCUGCCCCCUCCUACCUGCCAGGAGCCCCAGAGCCUCCGCUCCCUCCUGGGAGUGUCCCAAGAGUGUCUCACUUCCUUCUUGAUGCCUUCACAGCUCUACAUGGAUAGACCAAGAGGCUGUAGCAUUUCAGCUGGAGAAACAUGAGUCGGCAAAAAGAUCUGGGGGUUCUAGAGGAUCUCCUGGGCCUGAGGAGACUACAUUUCUUAGGCUUAUUGCUGAAAGAGCCAAUGCGAUGGUGGCUUCACAUGGCGAGCUUCAGGCUUCUCCGGGCGUGCCGAUGCUCUCCGUUCAGCCCAAAGGGAAGCAGAAGGGUUGCGCGGGCUGUAACCGCAAGAUCAAGGACCGCUAUCUGCUGAAGGCAUUGGACAAGUACUGGCACGAAGACUGCCUCAAGUGUGCCUGCUGUGACUGUCGCCUGGGCGAGGUGGGCUCCACCCUCUACACCAAGGCCAACCUCAUCCUGUGCCGACGCGACUACCUGAGGUGGUCCUUGGGAGCCGGCGUCCAUUUGCCCAGGGAAACUGGCAGGCAGCCAUAUCCUAGGAGCAGGGCCACUGAUGCUGGAGCUUCAAGACCUGGGCUCUUUGGUACUACAGGGAACUGUGCUGCUUGCAGCAAGCUGAUCCCAGCCUUCGAGAUGGUGAUGCGGGCCCGGGAUAACGUGUAUCACCUCGACUGCUUCGCCUGCCAGCUCUGCAACCAGAGAUUUUGUGUGGGAGACAAAUUCUUCCUGAAGAACAACAUGAUCUUGUGUCAGAUGGACUAUGAGGAGGGGCAGCUCAAUGGCACCUUUGAAUCCCAAGUUCAGUAACACCCGGCGCCUGGCCUCCAGGCCCGUCUGUCCAUCUGCCCGCCUGCCCACCCGCCUGGCCGGCCAGCCAGCCACUCUGCCAGUGCAGGCUGGCCAGCCACUCUCCUGCCACCUUAGAACUUCUCCAUCCUCGAUGGGAGGGACGGCCCUUCCUCCUCCACCACCGCCCGUCUGUGUAUGACCCCUCCUGGGGCCAGGCCGGGCCUGUACAGUCUGUCUUCUGUAUAUAAAUGGGAACAUUUAUUUUAUGAGAAAUGUAAUGCGAUUUUAUUACUGGCGUGGAUUAAACUUAUGAAUGUUUCCGGGA